AGUCGAGAAAGCAAAGCCGAGCAGUGGACGGCAGUGGAAAGCAAAAGCAGGAGCACCCGAUCGCAAAAUAACAACACCAGUCGCGGUAAUGGCUGCUAUCGUCCAAGAGUGUUUCUCGAUCGGCAGCACGGUAGUGUGCACGACCUGCUACAAUGCGAACAUCGAGGGCGAAGUGCUGGCGUUCGAUCAGCAAACGAAAAUGCUCAUACUCAAAUGUCCAUCGGCAAGUAAGUCCGCCAAGCUGAACGACGUCUACAUAGUCAAUCUGGCGAUGUGCAGCGAUGUGCAGGUGAAAAAGGAAGUCUGUAUAGUGCCGGAGCAGCCACUGUCGUUAAACCUGCAGCGCCUGAGCACCCGGGCCCGGAAUCAGGUGGAACAGAAAAAGCGUCAGCUUACCGCGCUUGCUGCCGGUGUCAGUCCAGAGGGCCAGAACCUUUUCAUGGCAAUUGCACGCACUAUCGAGCAGGUGACCUGGGCCGGACCCAAAAUAGUAGUUUUCAACGAAGUUAUGAUAUCACCUCCAUACAAAAUCGAUAACGUGCACACAAACUGUCCGUCGGACCAGCGGAAGCUGAGCUACGUGAAGAAAAUCGUUGAAAAACAUGUGAACGACCAAGCCAACAUAAAUCAAAGCACAUCAGCGGACAUAGCGGCGAACUGAUUUUCCCGGGUUGCGAAAUCACGGUAGAAAGGAACAGUGUGCUGUCCCGUGGACUUGGAUGGCCUGCGUACGUGUAGGUUCCAAUCCGUGGGAGAAGCGGCUGCGGGCGAUGGGGAUGAUGUACGAUGCGUUGCUAGGAUCUGGAUAUGGUUAUGUGGAUAGAGCAGAAUAGAUUGAGUAAAACCACAAAAAAUGGAAAAGUGAGCUAAACAUACGUCCAUUAUCUUUAUUGACGGGUCCGAAGUAUCCAAAAUUUGUAUUUGUGAGCGACGCAACCACCUGGGAGGCAUGUGUUUAACGGGAAAUCAUUUUGCGCAAACGAUCUAAACUCCUCAACUAAAUUCAAUCUUACAUCAAGGGUGCAGGUUU